CCACCACCACCACCACCAUCACCACUGCACGAUCAGCUGGGCCGCGUCAGAAUCAGCACAAAGGCGGAGUGUUGCCAUUCGUCUUCCAUUGUCUUACAUAACUCGCCUCUAGUACCGUAAAUCCUGCAACCACGAGACAACCACAGCAACACAAGACUGGACCUUGCUGUGGUGUGGUGUGGUGUGGUGCAGUGUGGUUGAAUCUUUCUCUGUCUCUAUCUCUCUUUUUCUCUCUCUACAACCCCAAACACCACUCCCACAAUACACUGACAUUCUCUCUCUAAUCCAGUAAUUGAGGUCAUGAGGCAGGAACUGUGACCUGACCUGACCCAACGUGACCCCAGCAAGUUACUAUGUUAGCCUUGACCUCCUCCUCUUCUCUAUCUCUUCCAUAUUUCAGUCUCUUUCUUCUCAUUGUCUCUCUAUUCCUUGCUCCUGGUCUCUCUGUCUCUAUCUCCCAAACAGCCACAUCUGACCUCACCACACCUGUCAUCACCACCAGACCUGCCAUCACCACCACACCUGCCAUCACCACCACACCAGAGAGCACAAGAGAAGGAGGAAGACAAGGAGGAGGAGGAGAGAUAGGAGGCAAGACAAGGCAUGUAGAGUGGAGAGAAGAAGGAAGAGGAAAUCAAUCUGAGUAUGUAGAGAGAAGAGAAGAUGAAAGAAUAGAAGGAAGGAACAAGACAAAGGAUGGAGAGUGGAGGGAAAAAGAGAGAGGAAAAGAUGAAGAGAGAAGAGGAGGAGGAGGAAGCAAAACAACCUCAUUAGAAAGCAAGAAAGGAAUGAAGGUUGUGAAACAUUUCUACCUCUGGACAAGGAAAAACCCAGGGAACUCAUCGGCCCAGCUCCUCGACCCCACAAGACCCGACACCAUCUCCCACAGUCUGUUCCGCGCCAGCAAGACCUUCGUCAUCAUCCACGGCUUCCUGGGCUGGGGCACUGAACCCUGGAUCCUGCACUUCAAAGACAAGCUGCUGCGAGUGUUCCCCAGCAGCAACGUGGUGUCUGUAGGGUGGCCGGCCGGCACGUCAUGGUGGCUCCCCAGCUACUACAAUGCCGUGGCACGAGUGCCAGGAGUAGCCCAGGACUUGACGGCACUCCUGCACAACCUGACCUCCACCUGCCACCUUGACCUGCGUGACCUGCACCUCAUUGGCCAUUCUCUCGGGGCACAUGUGGCCGGCCUGGCUGCUGCACCCCUGCGCACUGUUGGCCGCAUCACAGGCCUGGACCCAGCUGGCCUCACAUACCACAAUGUCCUGGCCAACCAGCGCCUCGACGCGUCAGACGCCGCCUAUGUGGACGUCAUUCACACCAACGGCUGCACCACGCUGGCACAGUGGCUGGACUGUUAUGGCAUCAAUGAGAACUUGGGGCACAGUGACUUUUGGCCCAAUGGAGGGAAGCACCAGCCCCCCUGCAGCAAGAAGAAGGAGAGGAUGACCAAUGGUGAGAUCGGCUGCAGUCACGAGAUGGCCUACGUUUACUAUAUAGAGAGUUUGGACUACAGUGUGGACCAGACCUACUACCUAGCAAGGCCCUGUAGCAGCUGGGAAGACUACCAGGCCGGCCGCUGCAGCUGUGGCGCCGAGACACAGUACAUGGGCAUCUCUGUCAACACUAGACUGAACGGCACUUUCUACCUCUCCACCAAUGACUUCGCCCCAUACGCUGCCAAGGACAACGGGUGCCCACCAGGGAGUGCCACAGGGCCAGGAGUCAGGAUAAUCUCAUUGGCACUCAUCUCGGCCUCGGCAGUCAUUAUGGGAACCAGUGCCACCGUCCUCAUCACCAGCGGGGCCAGAAGGUGGGCAAGAAGGAGAUCAGAGGGUGGUGGUGAUGUUGGUGGUGCUGGUGCUGUUGGUGGUGAUAGUGGUGGUAUUGGUGAUAGUGGUAUUAGUGGAAGUAGUGAUGGUGAUGUGGUGGGGACUAGUGAUAAAGCGCCUCUUGUUUAGUGGUGAUGGUGGUGAUGAUAGUUGUACAUUCACUGCAGUUGAUAUUUCACCUCUACAGUCACCAGUUGUUGUAGUGGUGAUGACAUACACGAGUGGUGAAUGGGUGGUGUAUGUACGUGUGUAUGGUGAUGAUGGGUGUGGCUCAGAUGGUGUAAGUGAAUGAUAUGAUUGAUAAUGCUUUUU